UCGCGAGGAGGGUGGUGGAAGUUGACAGCAGAAAGCGGCGGUCUUUGCGAAAAGCUCUGGAAACGUCUACAGGCUGGGCUAGGAGCUCCCCAGUGAAGUUCCUUCCUAUCUCGGGUUCAUUGAGACGAGAUCCCCAGGAGGACGACACAGUAAAGAGGAGUUUGCAUUCAGAAUAACCGCGAAAGUGGUAUACGCCAAAGCAAUGCAUCCAGCAACUGCAAAGUGGUACGACAGGAGGGACUACGUUUUCAUUGAGUUCUGUGUGGAGGACAGCAAAGAUGUGGAAGUAAACUUUGAGAAGUCCAAAUUUGGUUUCAGUUGUCUUGGUGGAACUGACAAUGUCAAGCACUCAAAUGAAAUUGACCUCUUUGAAGCCAUUGAUCAAAAUGAGUCAAAACACAGACGCACAGAUCGGUCAGUGUUGUGUUGUUUACGGAAAGCAGAAUCGGGGAAAGCAUGGCCAAGGUUAACAAAAGAAAAAGCAAAGCUCAACUGGUUAAGCGUUGACUUCAACAACUGGAAGGACUGGGAAGAUGAUUCUGACGAGGAGAACUUUGACCGUUUUUCAGAGAUGAUGAACAGCAUGGGAGGAGAGGAUGAAUUACCAGAUUUGGAUGGAGCAGAUGAUGAGUCUGCAGACAGUGAUGAUGAAAAAAUGCCUGAUCUAGAAUAGAGCUGCUUGUCGAUUGCAGACGCAAGGUGGAAGAAUGAAACGAAAGGCAACCAAAAAGGAGAAAUAUCACAUCAACUGUACAUAACAACUCAAAAGGAGAAGAGGAGCUGAAUGAAAGCCAAAUGAACGGACAGUUAUAUUUAACAUCUUGUUGUCCAUGCAGGGGCUGUUCUUCCACCAUUGUAGACACAGCCUCCAUUGAAGGUUAAUAUGCAUACUGUCAGCGCCAGUGAGCAGCCUUGAUUUGUGUUUUGAUCUGAACCUCAAUAUAUCCAUAAUUUGCUUUCAGGAACUGCACUGUACAUGUAUUUUUCAACAGAAAAGCAAUAUAAUUGAUAAAAUGGUGAGCAAAAUACAUUGUAAUUAAAAGGCAAAGGAAGACCAUGUUUUAAAUACUUCUCCACACACAUUCACACCCUUCCCAAGAUUUGUGUGUUUAGUGGAAUCAGCAUAGAUGGCAACCCUGUGAUUAAAAUUGAGAAUGAUAAAGAA